AUGUUCUUGGAAAUUUUCAAGUUAAGUUUCUCUUGUCCGACUAAUUACAUCGAGUUCUCUAGUCCUGGUAUUCUUUACCGCAGUGAGCUUCCAGCUAUCGGAAUCUUACCUCUGUCAACAGUGUGUAAUUUCCUGGAGCAACAACGAUGUUACGAUGUUUCCAAAAACAAUAAUAACACCGCCAGCAACAACAUUGAUGCCAUCGGCAACUGCAUCAUCAGCAACAGUGCCAACAAAGAUUUGCAAAACAGCAACAACACCGUCAACAACGGCUUCAAUAUCUAUGGAAACAACAACGACACCGUCUGCAACAUUAAUAUCGGCAACAAUGUCAACACCACCGACGGCAGCAACAACCAAUCAUAA